CCGCCGCCGCCUGUCAUUGUCCGACAUUGUAGCAGAUCGACGUGUCUUUACUCCGCGUGCGCGUGUUCUGCUAAGGUUAAGUUGCUUCGUUUAGCCGGUCGUCCGCCAUUAUCUGUUGAUACAUUUUUAAUCGACUUUCAUAACCGUUCAAUAACCGCGUAUCCAACGAUCGGAUUUGUACGCGAACGAUUUCGGUGUCUGUAGAAUUUGUUUAUACUUUGUAGACAUGUACGGCAAGCAUGGCCGUUUAUCAUCGAGUGGGUCCGGCGACGAGGACUCUUCGACCAUGGAUACCACGUCGUGGAAGCACAAGUCGUCGACUUCCUCGUCAAAAUCUACUUUUGACAACAGUAUGAUUGUGGAUUCCGUCGAAAAUGAUGACAUGGGCGCAGAAACCAGUGACGGCUGUCGCCGAUCCAAGCGCAUUAAGUUGAGGACCCAACGUUCUGGCGCAAUCCCUAUACGUAAAGAAACCCGAAAACUUACCACCAUCGCAAAAAAAAAGAUCACUCGAGUUUCUGCCGCCAUUGGUAUUAAUAAAAAAUCCCGAGUUCCUGACACCGCCGCCGUCUGUGAGAAUACCAAAGUUCCUGCCGCAGUCCCUAUUCCCGAUGUUCCUGCCGCGAUGCUUAUUGACGAUGUUCCUGUUGCGAUGCUUAUUAACAAUUUUUCUGUUGCGGUGCUUGUUGACGAUGUUCCUGACGCGGUGCCUAUUCCCGAUGUUCCUGCCGCAAUGCUUAUUGACGAUGUUUCUGAUGAGGUGCCUAUUGACAAUAUACCUCGCACGCUCAGAGACGAUAUUGAAACCUACUCCGAUUCCGAUUCCGAUUUCGACAACGAGGCCAACAGUUUAUAUGACGCCGAUAUUAUGUACGACACCAACGUACACCAUCCCAUAUUGGAAACCGACGACAACGAUUUCUACAGAAUCGACAAUGUCUAUGGCGUUUCGGAAGCCGCCGCCUACGACGACGACGACGACGAAGACAUAAACGCAAAGGCCAUCCUAAGACAGCAGUUGUCGUUACCCGAUUACCACUACGGAACGGAUAACGUUAGUGACGUCCCGGAAGCUGCCGCCGCCGACGACGACGACGACGAAGACAUAAACGCAAAGGCCAUUCUAAGACAGCAGUUGUCGUUACCCGAUUACCACUACGGAACGGAUAACAUUAGUGACGUCCCGGAAGCUGCCGCCGCCGACGACGAGGACAUAAACGCAAAGGCCAUUCUAAGACAGCAGUUGUCGUUACCCGAUUACCACUACGGAACGGAUAACAUUAGUGACGUCCCGGAAGCUGCCGCCGCCGACGACGAGGACAUAAACGCAAAAGCCAUUCUAAGACAGCAGUUGUCGUUACCCGAUUUCCACUACGGAACGGAUAACGUCGGUGAUGUUCCGGAAGCCGCUGCCGAUGCCGCCGCCGACGACGACGACGACGAUAUAAAUGCCAAGGCCAUCUUAAGACAGCAGUUGUCGUUACCCGAUUUCCAUUACGGAACGGAUAACGUCGGUGAUGUUCCGGAAGCCGCUGCCGAUGCCGCCGCCGACGACGACGACGACGACGACGAUAUGAAUGCCAAGGCCAUCCUAAGAAAGCAGUUUUCGUUACUCAACUUCAAUUACGAAGCCGACAACGUUGGUAACGUCCCGGAAGCCGCCGCCGCCGAUGCCGCCGACGACAUAAAUGCCAAGGCCGUCCCUAGUCAACAGUUGUCGUUACCAAACAAUUUUGAGCCAAUCGAAGAAAUAAAUCCCCAAUCACCAUUAGCCAUAGAUUCCAAAACUAUUUUCCAAAGAGAAAUAGUUGAUAAGGAUCCAAAUGAUCCUACGUUUGGUGAUGGAUUUGAAGUUGAUGAAAUGUUUGGUCCAAUGAAAAGAAGAAAUGAAAUUUAUUACCAUAUUCAAUGGCGAAAAGGCAUUUACUCUGGUGUAGGUGUACUGGAGGCUACUAUUAUUUAUAAAAAAUGGCCCGAUAUUGCGCUCACGUUUUACCAGAAAUAUUAUGGAAACUUAUAAGACUGAUACAUAAUGUAUAUGUAAAAAUAGAUAAUGUACCUGAAUUAUAAGUCUGUAAUUAACA